UUUCCUCUUUUCUAAUUUGAGAGGUUUCAUGUUGAAGAACAUCAGUUAUGCUGGGGUUGCAGGAGGUAUAAACAGAGUCACCAUGAAGCUGAGCUGCACGCUCAUAGAGUGGGCCCUUUUUGUCUGUCCUGCUGUGCUCCUGGCAUCCCGGAUGUUGCUGGGUGGAUAUCAUGCUGCAGCUGCCAGUUCAGAGACUCUGAAGUGUGAAGGACCAGUCAGCACUGAGCACGGCAGCUGCCACGCCGCUGCUGAGGAGGAUGAGGGUGAUGAAGAUGAUGGGGAUAUGACCCGCUCCAGUGAAGCUGGCUUCCAGUUCAAGGGCUACACAUUCAGUAAACCCUUCCAUCUCAUCGUGUCCUAUGAUUGGCUGAUUCUCCAAGGUCCAGCUACAUCAAUAUUUGAAGGAGACACACUGGUUCUGCACUGCCGUGCCUGGCAAGACUGGCCUCUGACUCAGGUCAUCUUCUACCGAGAGGGCUCAGCCCUGGGUCCUCCUGGACCUAAAAGAGAAUUCUCCAUCACCGUGGUGCAAAAGUCACACAGUGGGCACUACCACUGCAGUGGCAUCUUCAGGAGCCCUGGUCCUGGGAGCCGAGAGACUGCAUCCCCUGUGGCUAUCACCGUCCAAGAGUUGUUCACAGUUCCAGUUCUCAAAGCCUUACCUUCUAGUGAGCCCCAAGAGGGAGGCCCAGUGACCCUGAGCUGUCAGACAAAGCUGUCCCUGCAGAGGUCAGCUCCCCGCCUCCUCUUCUCCUUCUACAAGGAUGGAAGGCCACUGAGUAUCAGAGGAGUCUCUUCCAAGCUCCAGAUCCCCAAAGCCUCAGAAGAACACUCUGGCUCCUACUGGUGUGAGGCAGCGACUGAGGACAGGCAGAUCUCGAAGCAGAGCUCACAGCUGGAGAUCCGGGUUCAGGCUCUUCAGAAGCCAACUGCUUCGGAAACUCCUCCCACAGAAGCCCCUGGUCCUCGGCCUUCACCACCUGCCUCCUCUUCUGAGCAGCCGGGAUUCUCCUCCCCAGACUCCCUCCUUUGUCACCAGAUAGGCCUUCUUCUCAAACAAAUGCAAGACGUAAGGGUUCUCCUUGGUCAUCUGGUCAUGGAGCUGAGGGACUUGUCUGUCUCCCUGAAGCCUCGUACUGCAAAGGUUGCUGACAAAUGAAAGCAAGCUCUUCAUCUGUGACAUGUUCAACCACCACAAUGAUUCCAGCUCUUCCUGUAUCGUGCAUAUGCAGGCAUAGUUUUGCAAGCUGGCUUGAUACUUUGUUAGACUAAUGAAAGUGUUUGAGUGUAAAUAAAUGCAUACAGGGUGUCGCAGGAUUUUCCCUGUCCAGUUACAUUAGUGCAGAGGUGGUCUGUGAUUGGACAGGGAAAAGCGGGAUGGAGCUAAGAGCUGAGAGGAAGGGAGGUCACAGGAGGAGAAGAGAGAACCAGAAAGGAGGCCGACGUGGUGCUAUCAAAAGGCUAGAAGUUUUAUCAUUAUCAAUUGGCUCUGAAAUUAUUGUAUUACCAUCUUGUAAAUUGUGAUUUCUAUUGAUACAUAAAUCUAAUUGGUUAACUAUAAGCUUAAAGAGUCUUGAUUCUACCAGGUAAUUAGGUGUUAAGAUGACUAACCAGGGGUCUGUGGGGCGUUUCAUAGAAUUGAGAGGAAUUGGUGGGCCAAGAGACCUAGUGAGUGAGAUCACCUGGGCUAGCUCCAGAGAAUUGGCAGCAGGUGGCAGGAACGCAAGAGCGUGGCCCAACCACGUAGAGAGUUGGUGGGUUCGUUUUUUAUUAUUUCCCACAACAAAAUUUGCCUAUAACUAUAUUUUCUUUAGCCAUGACAAAGUCAUUCUUCAUUCUAGACCACAAAUUUCUUUAUGUUGCCCAGAACAGAAUUUAAAGAGAAGAAAAAAAAAAGUGGAUUUUGUACUGCAAUUUCAACUGGGGGGGGGGGCAUUUUCUCUUCCCUAUCUUCCACGGAAACAUUUUGCAAUGUCUCCUAGACAGCUGGGUUUCACACAGGGUGGGAAGAGUGUCUGUGCUACUAGAACUUAAGUUAAGGCGUUUAUAAGUCAAGGAGGCUGACAACCAUCCUAUAACGCAUAGGGCAACCCCCCAAUAAAAAAUUCCUGUUCCCCAAUUUUAUUAAUGUUAAAAUUAUGAAAUGUGAGGCUAAUAAAAGCUAGGUGUUAAUUUGGGACCUCA